GUCUCUUUCUCGUACACUUCUCUACUCAACUUCCGACAACAAAUUCUCCCAACUCCGCUAACUGCAACAAUAAAAAAUGAAGAGAAGAUUCAAAAUCAUUCAAACACAAUUCCCCCUUGGAAUCGUUUGAUCUUCUUCUUCAAAUUCUAAGUUCUUAAAUUUUUAUAACUGCUUCCAAAUUGUUACGAUUUUUUAUGAUGAAUUUACCGAGUGCUAUGGCGUUGGGUGAUUCCUCUUCUUUGUGGUGUUUGGUGCCUAAGUUGACGCAGUCUCCUGUCUCGUUGAAAUUGGAAUUCAGAGGAGGGAUUUUAGGAUUGCCGGCUUCCUCAAUGACUUGCUCUAUUGAGGCUGAGAAGCCGCCGAAUCGAACCACGGAGUUGCAGCCAGUUAACGAUCAGGCGGAUGGGAGUAUUGUUCGGAAAUUGAACAAGGAUAUGGCCUCUUUUCAUAAACCAUUAUCUGUGUCAAAUGUAUCAGCUUAUCCGAAUGAUGAUAAAAAGGUUCGAAUAUCAUUUAAGGGGUUGCCAGGUUCAUACAGUGAAGAUGCAGCACUUAAAGCAUACCCUAAUUGCGAAAGUGUUCCUUGUAAUGAGUUUGAAGAUGCAUUUAAGGCUGUUGAAUUAUGGAUGGCUGAUAAAGCUGUUCUUCCAAUUGAGAACUCAUCAGGUGGGAGCAUCCAUCGCAACUAUGAUUUGCUUCUUCGACACAGGCUACAUAUUGUUGGUGAAGUGCAGUUAGCCACCAAUUUGUGCCUUCUAGCUCUUCCUGGUGUGAGAGCAGAACAGUUGAAACGUGUUCUUAGCCAUCCGCAGGCACUUGCCUUGAGUGAUACUGUCUUGAAUAGGUUGGGUGUUGUCCGAGAAAAUGUAGAUGAUACAGCCGGUGCUGCUCAGUAUGUAGCAUCGAGUAACCUCAGGGAUGCUGGAGUUGUUGCAGGUGCUCGAACUGCAGAAUUGUAUGGUUUAAACAUACUUGCAGAAGGAAUCCAGGAUGAUUUAAGUAAUGUGACUCGUUAUCUGGUACUUACAAGGGAACCAAUCAUUCCAAGAACUGAUAGGCCCUAUAGAACAAGCAUUGUGUUUACUUUGGAUGAAGGGGCUGGAGUCUUGUUCAAAGUCUUGGCGUUGUUUGCACUAAGAGAGAUUAAUUUGACAAAGAUUGAAAGUCGACCACAAAGAAAUCGCCCUUUACGAGUAGUGGAUGACUCUAACAUGGGUACUGCUAAGUACUUUGACUACUUGUUCUAUAUUGAUUUUGAAGCUUCUAUGGCCGAACCACGUGCGCAGCAUGCCUUGGGGCUUUUGCAGGAACAUGCAACGUUUCUUCGGGUACUUGGUUGCUAUCCAAUGGACGUGGCUAGCUAGUUAGCAGCUGCGUUCACGGCAUCCAUGUUCUUCCAUUUCAGUUCAUCUCUCCAUUGUACAGAAUGUGGUUAUGUUCCAAAAUUGACACCUUCCAUGGAAGUCAAAAUGGUAACUUCCAACUUACUAGCAUGUAAUUUGAUCAUAAAGUAAGUAAAAUAAUAAUAAUGUUGACAAUAGUUUCUUUAAAAAAAAUGUUAAUAACAGCAACAAUGUACUCAAGUAUUAUGUAUAUGUAGUGUUACGGUCUACCCCAAGUAAUAUUUCGGCUUCGUGGGUCUUUUUCUUUUC